UUGCAUUGCAUGUAUAUAUAUGAUCCCAUCCCACGCCAUAUCAUCGAUCUCGAGUACGCAUUAGCCCUGCUGCCUGCACCUGGCUAGCUUGAUUUGCUAGCUAGGGCCGGAUCAGGCCCUAUACGACUAUGGUCUCCAAUUGGUUUGUGUUUGAUCGUCGAUCAAGAUGGUCUGAUGGUGCAAAGCUCAUCUUGUUUUGACUCUGCAUUAUUCUCCCAUGGUGCAAAGCUCGGUCAGAUUAGCCUUUUCCAAGAGAGUCAGGAGGCCGGUUAUAUAUUAGGCCUAGCAGGCACCUGUCUUCUUUAGCUUGGUUCUGUACUUUCAAAGGCAGCCAGAGUGCAGUUAGACAAGGACCAGUCCUACUAAUCACUCGUGGACAGAUGACAUUCUACUGGGGAACAUGUGGAAGGAUCCCCUUUGGAAGCUCGGGUUAAGUCAAUCUAUUAUUUCAGAGCCUGCAAUGGAAGCAUGCAUCCUCCUAUGGCAGAGGAUUAGCGAUGUGAAAUUACUGUAGCUCUUAUUGUCCUAAUAGAGUAGGAGGAGCUAUAGCUCCAAGCAUGGUGGUACUGGUACUAGUAGUCAGCAUCAGUUGAAAUCUUAAGCUUUCAUCUGCACAAAAUGCAGGAGUGGAUCUGUUUCAGAACUUGGUAGCAGGAAAAAGAAGCUUCCAAAGAAGGCCGUACAAACACCACUCCUAGUUUACAGCAUCUUGGUCUCUGGCUAGUACUGAUCCUACUAGUUAUUAGUAAUCUAUCAGGUCCAGAAAGCUAGAGCAGAGGUAAUCUUCUACUGUCUGCAGUGACAGGGGGAAUGUAAACUGAAGAUGCAACGCGAUUAAAUUUACUCUGAUCUCUGACAAAGUAGAAAGAUUAAACAACGCCGAUCGACAUUGCAUGCCCAAAAGCAAUCAGGCAGCAGAAGCCAUGGCUUUCUCUUUCUCUUAUUUAAAACACAUUCCCUCCAUGUUCCAUGUUCUCAUGUUCCUCUGCAAAACCCAGCUCACAUUCGUUCGCAGGGUGAGGUGUCCGGCGUGGUGGUGGCAUGUUAUGAAAUGCCAAGAAAGAUCCAUUAUCUUAUCGCAUGCCUUUAACCCGAUCAUGGGACUAGUGAGAAAUGGUGAUAUAAAAAAGCCUUUUCUGCCACCUUCUUCUUUCUUCCACCGAGCUCUGCAGCAGAGCCUCUGCCAUUCCUGCAGAUGCGGUAGUAGUGUCUGUCGACAAACGAACUACCAGACUGUGCCUCUGACAUGGCGCAGCACUAGAAGCAGCAGAGGCACUGCAGCAGCUAGAAUAGAACUAGAAAGCCGAUCCAGGUUUCAGGCUUUCAGCUCCCGAAAGUGCUUUCUAGGAAAGUGGCGGCGGGUUCUCUUCUGAUGGAGGCCAGAGUAACGGUCCUGGCCCUGCUGCUAGUGACAGUAUGGUCAAUCUCGUGCACCAGGGCUGGCGCCGCCGGCGACGAGCGGGCGGCGCUACUCGCGCUCAAAGCGGGCUUCGUCGACUCGCUGGGCGCGCUCGCCGACUGGACGGACGGCGCCAAGGCCGCGCCGCACUGCAGGUGGACGGGAGUGCGGUGCAACGCCGCCGGCCUCGUCGACGAGCUCGACCUCUCCGGGAAGAACCUGAGCGGCAAGGUCACGGGCGACGUGCUCCGGCUGCCGUCGCUCGCCGUCCUCAACCUCUCCUCCAACGCGUUCGCCACCGCGCUGCCCAAGUCCCUGGCGCCGCUGUCCAGCCUCCGGGUGCUCGACGUGAGCCAGAACUCGUUCGAAGGCGCGUUCCCGGCCGGCCUCGGCGCCUGCGCUGGCCUCGACACCGUCAACGCCUCCGGCAACAACUUCGUCGGCGCGCUCCCCGCCGACCUAGCCAACGCCACGUCGCUCCAGACCGUCGACCUCAGGGGCAGCUUCUUCGGCGGCGGCAUCCCGGCGGCUUACCGGAGCCUCACCAAGCUCAGGUUCCUGGGCCUCUCCGGCAACAACAUCACCGGCAAGAUCCCGCCGGAGCUCGGCGAGCUCGAGUCGCUCGAGAGCCUCAUCAUUGGCUACAAUGCGCUGGAGGGUACCAUCCCGCCGGAGCUCGGCGGCCUCGCCAACCUCCAGUACCUCGACCUCGCCGUCGGCAACCUCGACGGGCCCAUCCCGGCGGAGCUCGGCAGGCUUCCGGCCCUCACCGCGCUAUACCUGUACAAGAACAACCUCGAAGGCAAGAUACCGCCGGAGCUCGGCAACAUCUCCACGCUCGUCUUCCUCGACCUGUCCGACAACUCGCUCACGGGCCCGAUCCCCGACGAGAUCGCGCAGCUGAGCCACCUCCGGCUGCUCAACCUCAUGUGCAACCACCUCGACGGCACCGUGCCGGCGACCAUCGGGGACAUGCCGAGCCUGGAGGUGCUCGAGCUGUGGAACAACUCCUUGACAGGGCAGCUGCCCGCGUCGCUCGGUAACAGCUCGCCGUUGCAGUGGGUGGACGUGUCGUCGAACUCCUUCACCGGCCCCGUCCCGGCUGGGAUCUGCGACGGCAAGGAGCUCGCCAAGCUGAUCAUGUUCAACAACGGCUUCACCGGCGGGAUCCCGGCCGGGCUCGCGUCGUGCGCGUCUCUGGUACGCGUGCGCAUGCAGAGCAACCGGCUCACCGGCACGAUCCCCGUUGGGUUCGGCAAGCUGCCGUCGCUGCAGCGGCUCGAGCUCGCAGGCAACGACCUGUCCGGAGAGAUCCCCGGCGACCUAGCGUCGUCGACGUCGCUCUCAUUCAUCGACCUAUCUCACAACCACCUCCAAUACACGCUUCCGUCGAGCCUCUUCACGAUCCCGACGCUGCAGAGCUUCUUGGCGUCAGACAACCUCAUCUCCGGCGAGCUCCCCGACCAGUUCCAGGAUUGCCCGGCACUGGCGGCGCUAGACCUGUCGAACAACCGGCUCGCCGGCGCGAUACCGUCCAGCCUCGCCUCGUGCCAGAGGCUGGUGAAGCUGAACCUCAGGCACAACCGGCUCACGGGCGAGAUACCCAAGGCGCUCGCGAUGAUGCCGGCGAUGGCCAUCCUUGAUCUGUCGAGCAACUCCUUGACCGGCCACAUACCGGAGAAUUUCGGGAGCUCGCCGGCGCUGGAGACGCUCAACCUCUCCUACAACAACCUGACGGGGCCCGUGCCCGGGAACGGCGUCCUGCGUUCCAUCAACCCGGACGAGCUGGCGGGCAACGCCGGGCUGUGCGGCGGCGUGCUCCCGCCGUGCUUCGGGAGCCGCGACACGGGCGUGGCGGCGGCGCGGCCCCGAGGCAGCGCGCGCCUGAGGCGCAUCGCAGCGAGCUGGCUCGCGGCGAUGCUCGCCGCCGUCGCCGCGUUCACGGCGCUCGUCGGCGGGCGGUACGCGUACCGGCGGUGGUACGCGGGUCGCUGCGACGACGAGAGCCUCGGCGCGGAGUCGGGCGCGUGGGCGUGGCGGCUGACGGCGUUCCAGCGGCUCGGGUUCACGAGCGCUGACGUGCUGGCGUGCGUGAAGGAGGCGAACGUGGUGGGCAUGGGCGCGACCGGGGUGGUGUACAAGGCGGAGCUCCCGCGCGCGCGCGCCGUGAUCGCCGUGAAGAAGCUGUGGCGGCCGGCGCCGGUGGACGGCGACGCGGCGAGCGAGCCGACCGCGGACGUGCUCAAGGAGGUGGCGCUCCUGGGGCGGCUCCGGCACCGGAACAUCGUGCGGCUGCUGGGGUACGUGCACAACGGCGCGGCGGACGCCAUGAUGCUGUACGAGUUCAUGCCCAACGGCAGCCUGUGGGAGGCGCUGCACGGGCCUCCGGGGAAGCGCGCGCUGCUGGACUGGGUGUCCCGCUACGACGUCGCCGCCGGCGUGGCGCAGGGGCUGGCGUACCUCCACCACGACUGCCACCCGCCCGUGAUCCACCGCGACAUCAAGUCCAACAACAUCCUCCUCGACGCCGACAUGGAGGCCCGCAUCGCCGACUUCGGCCUCGCCCGCGCCCUGGCCCGCUCCAACGAGUCCGUCUCCGUCGUCGCCGGCUCCUACGGCUACAUCGCGCCAGAGUACGGGUACACCCUGAAGGUGGAUCAGAAGAGCGACAUCUACAGCUACGGCGUGGUGCUGAUGGAGCUCAUCACGGGUCACCGCGCCGUGGAGGCGGAGUUCGGCGAAGGGCAGGACAUCGUGGGGUGGGUGCGGGACAAGAUCCGGAGCAACACGGUGGAGGAGCACCUGGACCCGCACGUCGGCGGCCGGUGCGCGCACGUCCGGGAGGAGAUGCUGCUGGUGCUGCGCAUCGCCGUGCUCUGCACGGCCAAAGCGCCGCGGGACCGGCCGUCCAUGCGCGACGUGAUCACCAUGCUCGGCGAGGCCAAGCCGCGGCGCAAGAGCGGGAGCAGCAGCGGCGGCGGCACCGCCAGCGGCAAGGACAGCGCCGCCCCCGCCGUGGCGGUGGACAGGGACAGGCCGGUGUUCAGCACCACGCCGGAUUCAGACUACGCCUAGGCGCCAUGAUAGCUACUUUUGCCUCGUGUUCUAUGAUUUGUCCAUGUACCUAGAUUUUGCUUUGCUGCAGGAUCUUCUUCAGCCUGUAGCCAAAUGUUUACUGUGAAGAUUAACUAGCUUAUAGGUUAUGUAGAUUAAUGUAAGCAGGGGAAUAAGCUUUAGAAAUUUCCUUACACAAGCAUCCCAAAGAGAAUGAAGAAAUCAAAUCAAGCCAAUCAAUUUUCAAAUCA